CCAGUCUUACUUCCUCCUACAGCGGCUCAUGGUAAAACACGUCUUCAGCGGCUCCCUCGGUUCUCACUCUCUCUUGCUCUCUUGUCUCCCGCUGUCUCUCGCCGUCUCUCCGCUCCUCUCGCUAUGGGAAACUGGGCAGCCAACGAGGGGCUCUCCACCUUCGUGAUCCUUGUCUGGCUGGGGAUCAAUGCCUUCCUCUUCGUCCACUUCUACAUGGCCUUCCUCACCGAGAGGUUCUACUACACCAGGGUUAUCCUGGGGCACGCCCUGUCAUGGGCCAGAGCCCCGGCCGCCUGCCUCAACUUCAACUGCAUGCUGGUCCUGCUGCCCGUCUGCCGCAACCUGCUGUCCUUCCUGCGCGGGUCCGUCCAGCGCUGUAGUCGCACUGCAGCCCGACAGCUAGACAGGAACCUCACCUUCCACAAGCUGGUGGCGUACAUGAUAGCCUUUCACACGGCCAUCCACAUCCUGGCCCAUCUGUUCAACUUUGAGAGGUUCAUGGGUGCUCAGCUGGACAGCAAUUCCUCCCUGGAAUAUGUGCUCUCACAGAUUGGCAAUGAAGACGGCAAGGCCUUCCUGAACCCGAUCAGAACCAGUGAUACUAACCCGACGUACGUGAUGUUCACGACCAUCGCUGGGCUAACUGGGGUGGUGAUCACUCUGGCUCUGAUCCUGAUGAUCACCUCCUCCAUGGAGGUCAUCCGCAGGUCCUACUUCGAGGUCUUCUGGUACACCCACCACCUCUUUGUCAUCUUCUUCAUCGGUCUGGUCCUCCACGGCGUAGGACGCAUUGUGCGCGGACAGACGGAGGAAGACCUGAAAGUGCACGAUCCAAAGGUGUGCGAGGAGCUAUACGAGACCUGGGGAAAGAACGGCUCCUUCUGCCCCGUGCCAAAUUUCGCCGGGAGUCCACCAAUGACGUGGAAGUGGGUUGUGGGGCCGAUGUUCCUGUACGUGUGUGAGAGACUCGUGCGAUUCUACCGAUCUCAACAGAAGGUUGUGAUAACCAAGGUGGUGAUGCACCCCUCCAAGACAUUAGAGCUGCAGAUGAAGAUGAAGGGGUUCCAGAUGGAGGUGGGCCAGUACGUAUUCCUGCAGUGCUCCUCCAUCUCCCAGCUGGAGUGGCACCCCUUCACCCUCACCUCUGCCCCAGAGGAGGACCACUUCAGUGUGCACAUCCGCAUCGUGGGCGACUGGACGCAGGGGCUGUACGAGGCCUGCGGCGGGGACAAGCCCGGCACCCAGGAGGCCUGGAAACUGCCAAAGAUGGGUGUAGAUGGUCCUUUUGGAACUGCCAGUGAGGAUGUGUUCCGGUACGAGGUGGUCAUGCUGGUGGGUGCUGGCAUCGGAGUAACACCCUUCGCCUCCAUCCUUAAAUCGGUGUGGUACAAGCAAGUACAGGAGAAUAGCAACGUCUUCACCAAGAAGAUUUACUUCUACUGGCUGUGCCCGGAGACCGAGGCCUUUGAGUGGUUUGCUGACCUGCUGCAGAGCUUGGAGGGCCAGAUGAUGGAGAAGGGCAUGACAGACUUCUUAAGUUAUAACAUUUACCUGACCAGGUGGAAGGAAACUGAGGCGGCUCACUUCAGAGUUCACCAUGAGGCAGAGAAUGACCCAAUCACAGGGCUGAAGCAGAAGACCCUGUACGGGAAGCCCAACUGGGACAACGAGUUCAACGCCAUCGGAGCAAAGCAUCCUGGGUCCAAAGUCGGAGUAUUCCUGUGUGGCCCUACUGCACUGGCGAAAGCUCUGGAGAAACAGUGCAACACCUACUCCAAGUCCGACGCAGAUUUCAUCUUCAACAAGGAGAACUUCUGACCUCACCUCACCCUGCUUCUGCUUGCUCAACCGCCUCUGUGUUCAAUGGGGGAGAUCUUCAGCGGCCAAUGUUCACCCUUGCUCUUAGAAUUUGUAGCCAAUGAGCUAGUGACACACACUGAAGGCAUAACAGGUCUGGCUGUAUUUCGCCAUCUCCAGUAUUAUAUUUUUACAUGUUUGUUUUUCAUGGACACCAAGGUGUUCAUGGGCACCAACUUUUUUUCAUUUGAAUUUUAAUAUUGGCAAUCUAUGAUGGCUUUAAUAUUGUACAGUUUUACCAUGUGCUAAAGGUUCUAUUGAAUGUGCCGGCCUGUUGAUUCACCGUUUCGCAGUUUUGUUUGAGUCCACCUGAGCGCUUUUCCUGCUUUUUCAUGCAUAAGAGAAUUUGGCCAUUCAAAUAAGAUCUCUUAGUGAUACUUUGUUCUGAAAGAAAAGCCUUAGGUAUUGCUCAAAUGGUGCUCUUCUGGAAAUCGUGAAUUGGAACAGACUCAGAGAGCAAAUAAACCCAAGACACUCCUCUGAGAUAAAAUGAAUGUUUGAAAGCCUUUACUGGAAGGGCAGCUCCAUAUAAGGAACCACUGAAGAACGAGCACAGGGAUGUGUGUCACAUGCAGUCACAAAGGACAGGGUAAUGCCCACGGUUUUCUACAGGGCGGAGUCAGUCUCUUUCUGACACAUGCCUCAGAGGGCUAGCUUGGUUCAACUGUUUAAUGUAUAUUUAGUGGUAACUAAGAAAACAACAUUGCGUUUGAUGGUGAAGUAUUAAUUUACUCCUUUUGCUUAACUAUGCAUACGCCUUUCCUUUUCUCAACCAUAACAGCAAGUGUAACAUUAAUGACUGAAUAAAAUAAAUGAACCGAACAGUGAAA